CUUGGGUUUAUCCUUAAUGUCCCCUCUCACGUCUCGCUGGGAUUCGUGGCGUUACCAUUACGCCGAAAGCACUGGUUAGCCAUCCGGCAAUUCCACGGUACCUACUAUAACCUCGACUCCAAACUCCGGGCGCCUGUCCCCAUCGGUGGUGAGGUCGAGCUUAGAGCUUUCCUGCGGGAUUUCCUCUCCCAAGGUCUCUGUGAGGUUUUCCUCGUCGUGCCGCGUGCUGUGGAGGAGGCGGGUGCCUGGCUGAGCCCCGAGUGA